AUGGCGCCUCUCGUAAAAUGCCUCGGCUUGACGUUCCUGCUCGCCUCGGUGGUAUCGGGGCGUAUCAUGGACCGCCUCCACGCCACCCCCAAAGGCUGGGUACAGAGCAGAGAAGCCACACCGGAUGAACCCAUCCUUCUCCGGAUUGCCCUGAAACAACAGUCUGACCGCGUCACGACGCUUGACAAAGCUGUGCUCGACAUCGCCACUCCUGGGCAUCCCAACUACGGCAUGCACAUGACCCGAGACGAGCUCAGAUCCUACACUGCUCCGUCCCAGAAGAGUCUGACAACCGUCAUCGAGUGGAUUAGGAAUUAUGUCGUUAAGUACCACGUCGAACACGACUGGAUUUCCUUCCACACCACGGUUGAGCGUGCCAGCGAGCUGCUAAACACCCGGUUUUCGUGGUACCAGUUAGCCCAGGGCGGCGGCCAACCUGUUCUCCGGAGUCUCUCAUAUAGUGUGCCCGACCAUGUUGCUGGCCACAUCGACCUCAUCCAGCCCACCACGCGCUUUGCCAACCUCAAUGCCCAGAAGUCGUCCAUCUUUGACAUUCUCCCCAUUGCCUCCAGCGAUGAGAUUGGAGGCCCUGGAAAUAAGGCGAACUUUGCGGCAAACCCGCCCGACGAUGACCCCGACUCGUGCGCUUCAACCAUCACCCCGGGCUGUCUCAGGAAGCUGUACAACAUCCACUACAAACCAACGGACGCUUGUGACAACAAGGUUGCCUUUGCUUCAUUUCUCGAGGAGUACGCCCGCUACGAUGACCUGGCCGCCUUCGAGGAGCGCCUUGUCCCGGAUGCCAUUGGGUUGAACAUUUCGGUUGAGCUUGUCAAUGGGGGCUUGGACACCCAGGACAGCGAAAGUGACAGUUUUGAGGCAAACCUUGACGCGCAGUACAUCCUCGGCCUGGCUCACCCCAUCCCCGUUGUCGAGUACAGUGUGGGCGGUCGCGGCCCUCUCGUUGCCACGCAGACUCAGCCUAAUCCACCGGGUAGCAACGAGCCGUAUCUGGAGUUCCUGCUUUACAUGGCCAGCCUCCAGGACGCCGACUUGCCGCAGACGAUAUCCACCUCGUACGGUGAAGAAGAGCAGUCGGUCCCCCGCGACUAUGCGAUCAAGGUCUGCGACAUGUUCAAAGAGCUCGGAGCCCGCGGCGUUUCCAUCAUCUUUGCCUCUGGAGACUCGGGCCCUGGCAAUGUCUGCAUCCGGAACACGGAUAACCAAACCUACUUUGAGCCCAUCUUCCCCGCAGCCUGCCCCUGGGUCACUUCUGUGGGUGGUACUACGGAUCCAAGCGACGAACAUGGCACUACGUUCUCCAGUGGGGGGUUCAGCAUCUACCACGAGCAACCUGUCUGGCAGAAGGAUGCGGUAGGUAAAUAUCUGGACACCAUCGGUGAUGCCUACUCACCCUACUUCAACCGCAGUGGGAGGGGGUUCCCUGAUGUUUCGGCUCAGUCAAACCGGUUUGUCAUAUGCAACAGGGCAUUCUUCUCGGGCAUUGGAGGAACGAGUGCUGCGUCCCCCGUCAUUGCUGGCAUCGUGGCGUUGCUGAAUGCUGCCAGGAAGGCCCAAGAUCAACCUCCGCUCGGGUUCUUAAACCCUUGGCUGUACAAUAACUCGGCGGCCUUUAAAGACAUCACCAUCGGUUCCUCCUAUGGUUGUAUGGCAAGAGAGGAAAUUGGCAACUACGGUGCCAAGUGGAACACCACGGAGGGAUGGGAUCCCGUGACGGGUCUCGGUACGCCGCUGUUUGACAAGUUACUGGAGGCGGCCGCCCCGGGCACGAAAAACGCUUGA